GCUGCUGUCGACACUUUCUGGCUCAACUGCAGUGGCUGAUUAAUACUGCUGACACUGCUGGUGCAGACGAAGACUGCCGGAGGUAGAGAUUUAAUCAUGCACCAGAUCAACCCACAAGCCCAUCCUAACAAACCUGCAGACGACUACAACUUGAAGGACACAAGCCCCCGCCUUGGAGAGCGAUGGCCAAACGGAGGGGUACGAGGUGGCGGAGGGUGGAUGAGCGGAGGAGACAAGUUCACCAGCACUUACGACCUCGUCGAACAAAUGUCCUACCUGUAUGUUCGAGUGGUAAAAUCCAAAGACUUACCCACCAACUCCAUCACUGGAAGCUGUGACCCAUAUGCAGAAGUGAAGCUGGGGAAUUACAAAGGAACGACGAGGCAUUUCGAGAAGAAAACCAACCCUGAGUGGGACCAGGUCUUCGCAUUUUCAAAGGAGAGAAUACAGUCAUCAGCGCUGGAAGUCUUCGUCAAGGACAAAGAGAUGGUAGGAAGAGAUGACUAUCUCGGGAAGGUGGUGUUCGACCUGAAUGAGGUGCCGACGAGGGUGCCGCCUGACAGCCCUCUGGCACCUCAGUGGUACAGAUUGGAGGACCGUCGGGGGGAGGGGAAGGUGAAAGGUGAGAUCAUGCUUGCGGUCUGGAUGGGAACACAGGCGGAUGAAGCCUUCCCAGAGGCCUGGCACUCAGAUGCUGCCACCAUUCAUGGAGAGGGUGUGUUCAACAUCCGAUCAAAGGUCUAUGUCUCACCCAAACUGUGGUACCUGAGGGUGAACGUGAUUGAAGCGCAGGAUGUACAGCCCAACGACAGAAGCCGGGUGCCGGAGUCCUUUGUGACGGCACAAGUCGGCAGUCAGGUGCUGAAAACCAAGAUAUGCCCGACUCGUACCACAAACCCACUCUGGAACGAAGAUCUGGUCUUUGUAGUGGCCGAGCCUUUUGAAGAACAGCUGCUGCUGACGAUCGAGGACCGGGUGCACCCAUCAAAAGAUGAUGUGCUUGGGAAGAUUACUCUGCCACUCAACAUCUUUGAGAAACGCCUGGACCACCGCCCAGUUCAUUCUCGUUGGUUCAACCUCGAGAAAUUUGGGUUCGGAGUGUUGGAAGGAGACAGGAGAAAGGAGCUCAAAUUCUCCAGCAGGAUUCACCUCAGAGUGUGUCUGGAGGGUGGUUAUCAUGUACUUGAUGAAUCAACCAUGUACACAAGCGACCAACGCCCGACUGCAAGGCAGCUCUGGAAGCAGCCGAUCGGCAUACUGGAGGUAGGAAUCCUGAGUGCACAAGGACUGCUACCCAUGAAGAUGAAAGAUAGCCGAGGCGCCACGGAUGCAUACUGUGUCGCCAAGUAUGGACAGAAGUGGGUACGAACCAGAACGAUAAUCGACAGCUUCAGUCCCAUAUGGAAUGAGCAAUAUAAAUGGGAGGUCUAUGAUCCUUGCACCGUGAUCACGCUCGGAGUUUUCGACAACUGCCACCUGGGGGGCGGCGAGAAACCAGCAGCUGGCGGUGGCCCUGCGAGAGACUCACGAAUUGGAAAGGUAAGAAUUCGGCUGUCAACCCUUGAAGCAGAUAGGAUCUACACCCACUCUUACCCACUUCUUGUUCUACACCCAUCUGGGGUGAAGAAAAUGGGGGAGCUCCAGUUAGCAGUUCGAUUCACUUGUCUCUCAUUGGUUAACAUGAUAUACCUCUACGGUCAUCCUCUGUUGCCAAAGAUGCAUUAUUUGCAUCCUUUCACAGUGAACCAAGUAGACAGUCUUAGAUACCAGGCAAUGAACAUAGUGGCGGUGCGGCUGGGACGGGCGGAGCCACCACUCAGGAAGGAGGUUGUGGAGUAUAUGUUGGAUGUGGACUCCCACGUGUGGAGCAUGAGAAGAAGCAAAGCUAACUUCUUCAGGAUCAUGUCACUGCUGUCUGGUACAAUCUCUGUGAGCAGAUGGUUUGAUGAUGUCUGUCACUGGAAAAAUCCCAUCACAUCAGUCCUGGUUCAUGUGCUGUUCCUGAUACUGAUAUGGUACCCAGAGCUCAUACUUCCAACCAUCUUCCUCUACAUGUUCCUCAUCGGGAUAUGGAACUACAGAUUCCGCCCCAGGCACCCACCUCACAUGGACACCAGACUUUCAUGGGCGGAGGCAGUCCACCCAGAUGAGCUAGACGAGGAGUUCGACACAUUCCCGACGUCUAAGCCUCAUGACAUAGUCCGAAUGAGGUAUGACAGGCUCAGAAGUGUAGCAGGAAGGAUUCAGACAGUGGUGGGAGACAUGGCUACACAGGGGGAGAGACUCCAGUCUCUGCUCAGCUGGAGAGACCCAAGGGCGUCCAGCCUGUUCAUAGUCUUCUGUCUCUGUGCUGCAGUUGUGCUGUACGUUACCCCAUUCAGAGUGGUGGCGUUGAUCCUCGGCCUAUAUAUGCUUCGCCAUCCCAGAUUUCGCAGCAAGCUGCCUGCUGUACCAAGCAAUUUCUUCAAGAGAUUGCCAGCUCGAAUGGACAGCAUGAUCUGAGUCCUGAUGAAGUGAUGAGAAGAGAAAUGCAAACAAUAAUAUAUUUAUAUACCCAAUAUUAUAUUGCUGCUGCUACUGAAAGAGGUCUGCUUAGAAGUUUCAUAGUUCUAGUGAUCAAAAUGUUCCUUGUUUGAGAAAAUUUCAAAAUGUUUUCUGGGUUUCUAUUUGUUUAUUGUUGUCUCUCUCCCUGAAGAGAGAUGUUUGUAUAAUACAACAAGGCAAGCAUAUUUGCCUUCAAGGCUGCUGAUGCUGGUUUCUGUAAUGAUAAGUUCCAUUAAGUUCUGUCUAUUCA